AUGCUCACAAAGUUACUUCGACAAUUUUUCACAGGAUUUUCUCUGAUGAAACAUUUGCAGGACAUUGAUGUUAGAGCAACAGGAACUGUUCGAUUCAAAAGAAUGAAUAAAUUCCCUAUUGCAACAGACAGAGAGAUAAGGAAAAAAGAACGCGGAGCAUAUGACUACAGAUUUGAUUCCCGUAAUGAAAUUUUAGCUGUCACGUGGAAUGACAAGAGUUGUGAAAGGCUUCUGUCUAAUCAUGAAACUAGCAAACCAAUAUCAGAGGUGAAGCCAUGGAGUAGAACAGAGAAGAAAGAUAUUCAAGUACCACAACCCAAACUGAUAUCAGAAUAUAACAAAUACAUGGGUGGAGUAGACAAGAUGGAUUGGAAUGUUCAAAAGUACAUAAUCAGAAUAAGGGGGGAAAAUGGUGUUUUCCUUUGCUUACUAAUGCCAUCAACGUAA